GAAUCACCUCAGGGCUCAGUCGUCCCCGCAUUUAAGAGGCAUUCUCAUGGCGCACGACCUCAACGAUCUCGUCCAUCACCGCUUGAAGCUAUCACUGCUCCCGGAUGAGGCACACCAAUCUGCUACGUCGGAAGAACGGCACCUAGAACGCCCCAGCCAGGCCUAAUCUCUCGGUCAAUAAUAGCGCGCCACUGCGCAAUCGGCGCUGCAUUCGACUCAGCAGCGGAACAAAGCUCAGGUCCUGAACCUUGACUUCCACGAGAAAAGACUCUCAGCUCAUCACCUCCUGGUCCUCGCCUCAUCGUGUCGUGUCCGGUGUCGGGAAAGACCGGUGGCGUGUGUCCAGCGUCCACCGGCAAUCAUUCGAACGGCAUCAGCGGCACGUCCCAGUCGCUCCACACUUUUCCUUCGAAAGCCAGGAUGCCAGCCGCACCUCCCAAACCCUGGGAGCAAGGAGGCUCCGGCUCCGCAGGUAGUGCGACCUCGACCUCGCCUGCGUCAACCUCCGCCGUAGGGACUUCGACUCCAGCUCUGCCAGAGAGGCCGUCGACGCUUGGAGCUGCUAAUAGCACGCUUGGUGCGGGUGGACUGGGUAGCACCGGUAUGGGAGGCUACGGCGGCGGAUAUGGUGGUAUGGGUGGCUACGGCAGCAGCUACGGCGGUAUGGGCGGCUAUGGAUCCAGCUAUUCAUCUCCUUACAGCCGAAUGGGAUAUGGUGGAUAUGGGGGUGGAAUGGGAUCGUACGGAGGCAUGGGCGGUUAUGGAAGCAUGGGCUACGGUGGCAUGGGAGGCUACGGCAUGGGUGGGUAUGGUGGCAUGGGCGGAUAUGGUAUGGGCGGAUACGGAGGGAUGAUGCCACCUGGAGGACCGGAAAAUCCUUCCUUGACCCAGCGCAUGGAGUCGGGAACGCAAGCGACUUUCGAGCUCAUUAGCAGCAUUGUGGGAGCGUUUGGAGGGUUUGCCCAAAUGUUGGAAAGCACGUUCAUGGCCACCCACAGCAGCUUCUUCGCUAUGGUGGGCGUCGCAGAUCAGUUCGCCACCCUUAGGAAUUACCUCGGCCAAGUGCUGAGCAUCUUUGCCCUUGCGCGGUACUUGAGAAAUCUCGUGCGGAGGCUCACCGGUCGAGCUCCAGCGAUCGAAUUGGAUAGACGAGAGUUUCAGGAAUUUGCCCAAUCGAAUUCAAAGGGCAAGGGAUCUACCGCUCGCCCGAGCAAAAGGCCUCUGGUUGUCUUCUUCCUCGCCGUCAUUGGCCUACCAUACCUCAUGGGCAAGCUCGUCAAGCUCAUCACUCAGAGACAAGAAGCGGAGAGAGCACGACUGGCUGCGGAAGGGAAACUCUUGCCCGGAGCCGACGGCGCAGCCCUGGAUCCCAGCAAGCUGGAGUUUGUGCGGGCGUUGUAUUCGUAUGAGCCUGCUGAUCCUCUAGAACUCGCGCUCAAGCCCAACGACAUUGUCGCUGUGCUUAGUCGCAACGAUCCGCAGACAGGUGCGGAAAGCAGUUGGUGGCGAGGUAGGACGAGGGAUGGCCGCAUUGGAUGGUUCCCCAACACCUAUGUCGAGUCUCUGGAGUCGGCGAAGACCAGGGCGGAGAAAGCGGCUGUUGCCCAAGCGGCGAUCCAGGCCAGUCCUCAGAGCGUUACUGCUCCGGCCGACAUCGACAAGCCUGCACAGGAUACCCAGCUUCAGGGCGCAAAAAUCUCGUCCUGAGCCGGCUCGUCAAUACACUCACUUGAUCGUCGCAGAAUCCUUUGGGGCGCAGAGAUUCCAAGUGGAGAUUUAUCACUGGGUUGCAUGCGCGUCUGAUCCGCCUGCUGCCUGCUUUCUCGUCCAAAUUUUGCGCAGCCGGCGUCUUUCACGGAGGGUCGCUGCCAGAUCGUCCGAGAAAGCGGCCAUGACACCUCUCAGAAUACCAAACUCGCGUCGCGAAGUGGUUCGGGCCAAAGAGUCAAGAGUCAUCUGAAAUCUUGAAUCCUUCGGCGUCAGGUUAUUUGUGUCUUGACUCAAUUGCAGUCACGUGAUCUUGCUACCAGUAUG